CCACCCCUUUUAAUUGCUAAGUACACUGUUAUCCUAAAAAAAAUCUACAGCUAAAUGACCCUUUCUCUUGCAAUGAAGCUUCUUAUAGCCGUGGCUCUGUUGGUUGUUGGACUCUCCCCUUGCCCAGGAUCAGGACAGGAAGGCGAUGAAUCUCCUACACUGGACACUGUGGAAUUCCAUUUCAGCUACUACAGUGUCUACAUGAACUUCUACUUUAGCAAUUUGAUGGAGAAUCCAUUUUUGAACUAUGGUGAAUACUACUACGAGGCAAUUGAUUCCAUGGCAGGUGUACCGUGCUUCUUGAACGAAUUUGUUUUCAAAAACACAAACACGAAUGAAACCUUCCAGGCUGAAUACCCGGGUCGUUGCACUGCCUACGAGACGAACCUCAUUCAAAUCGCAAUCAAUCCUAGAGAUUAUCUCCGUAUGAUUACGGACGAGUUUAUCAAUGCAACUUCUACUACGCCCGUACACUUGGAAAUGUACACUGUAGAUACGCUUGGAGCUCCUUUCAACCUUCGAAUAGAAUCAAAUGACUCAGUUGAGUGUACCGUGUUCCUGAAUUUGUACUCCUAUGUGGGUGUUAAUGACCUUGAUUAUUCGAUCAAUGAGGGAAUUAUCUUGAUUCAUUUCAAUGCUUUAGUGGAUGUUGAUAUCGUAAAUAUCAGUAUGCUAUCACUGUCUAGCUCUCGCUCAGAUCGGAAUGAAAACAACACUCUUGUCCUCACAAGUGCUGAGAUACUGAAUGAGUCUCCUGGUUUAGCACUAACUGUAGGUAUAAGAAUGACCUCUAGUGAUCGAGCUCUUCUUGCAAGCAGAGGAAUAUGUGUUGCAGGUGGUAUUGACUCAAUUCAAGACUGUUUUAUUGCCUUAGAAGAAGGUUUUGCUGCCUCGUAUUUUGGAGAAGAGAACAGCAAUACCGGUCGCUUUUCAGUCAAUAAUUAUUGGAGAACACCAGAUUAUGAGCCUGUGACUAUGUCCAUUCAGCUGGAGUACGUCGGUGGGUUGACUCUAAACCUAACUCUCGGUCUGGGUCAACCAUUUAGAAUGCGAUCAAGUUAUCUUGGGGAGAGGAUCAUCAGUGUGACGUGUACAAGUGGGGACACUAGCCAAUAUGUGAACCCCAUGCUGGAUAUUGACAAUGGUGCAGUGUCUAUUCCCGAUAGCUACAUCCAGAAUGAUUGGCCUAGCUCCAUUAUCAUGAAUGCACCCAGGGGCCUACUUGAACCUGGUCUGCAAGGUUACUACACAUGCAGGACAGAGGGAGACACUUUCCUUAGUCCUCACAUUCUACAUCCCAAUCCCUAUCACAAUUUUUUCUAUGAAGGAAGCUCUGCUACUGCUGAUAUAUAUGAUGAUAUUGUAGUCCGCUUUGCACAUGGCGACUUUUUUAGUACUACUAUAUAUAGUGACCGAUUUCUAGUGUAUGCGGAUGGAUAUUACGACCCUCCUUUUGAGUUCAGUUUCGAAGUAAACACCCCAUUCUCAUUCCAUGGUGAGCUGCGUAUCAACAGGACCCAGUUCGAUUAUAAAGGAGAGUAUUUUCUAUUAUACGAUUUUUCUGCUCUACGCCCAAACUUCAUUAUCAAUGUAAAUGAACCUGAGCUCACUCUGUACCCACCGGUCCUGACUGUGUUGAACUCUGACCCUCCUGAUACAACCGCCUCUCUCACUUGUACCUCUGACAAUACAAACAUCCCCGUAGUCUUCCCGGGAAACUACACUUCAUUGGGUAUUACGACUACCUACGAAGAUGACACCAACAGCUCGGUGAGAUUGGACUUUGAACUGGACAAAGACCUAAUUGAGUUGCUUGAUGGGAUGGAGUUUAUCUGUGAAGCCAGAGACCCAGAUGAUUAUAAUUCCACUGUGUCAACCUCCAGCUCAACCUUUAGAGCAGUUUCAGAUACGCUGACUCUGUAUGGUAUCGAGCCUGGCAGUAGUCGUAAACUUGUUACGAAUGGUGAAACGAUUGAUACAACCAGCUCGUUUGAAUGUCUGCGGUAUAUCAAUCCUACAAGAACGGAUCUUGAGACCAUCUCUGCAACGUUGUUGUGGAGACUCAAUCUUCUGGAGUCCAAAGAAGAGAUAGAGUUCAGUUCAGAUGUUAGUGGUGAAGAGUUUAUAGUCACUACACUGCCGAACAGCAGUAUCACUCUGAAUAUUCUCGGCGGAUUCUCUGGAAGUGUUUCGUGUAUCCAUGGCGAUGAAGUAAUAAAGAUAAACGUUGCCACUCAAGCUUUGGUGGCGGGUGUGGACUUCAUUCCUCCCUUCUUCCCAGAAGAUGGUGUGCCAUUGUUUAAAACUGACGAUGGUUGUUCACAGAGGAUUUACUCGAGCACUGGCAUUCCGUUUGGAGCAGAAACACAACAAUACGUUCAUGUCUGCACGAAUGGCAUGCUGACUGUUGGAACUCCACCUCUCUUUCUUGGUACAGCAUUGGAACGAUUUCCUACGGCUGAUACCAGGAUUAGCCAAUCAAAUUUGCUUGCUCCAUUCUGGAAUGACCAUGAUGGUCGAGACCCUGCCUCUAGCGUAACGUACAGAGUGUACGGUGGUGCUGCCGGCGAUCCUGAAGGUUUUAUGAGUCCCGUGAGCUCUUUCAUUUCAAGCCAGAUUGAUUCUGACAUUGUUGGCAAGUUUGAGCCCACUUGGAUGCUAGUAGCCUCCUGGAACUAUGUUCCUCCGUACCCCCACACUGCAACAGAGAGAGGACAAAAUUCCUUUGAAGCCAUUAUCAUAACUGAUGGUGUGAUAAGCUUCGCUGUCUACUCCUAUAACUGUGAUGAUCUACAAUGGGGGGAGUCGCAGAAUGGUGACUACUCUACCAUCGGCUACAACAUCAAUCCAGGCUCGUAUUUUGGUAGUGAUAGCGAAAAAUUAUCUUCCUUCUACGAUCACCGAAUCUCCAACUUACCCAUGAGCGAGAUGAUUGCAUGUUCCAGUCUUGCUAGAGGAUCGCGUUACCAUAACGAGGUGUACUAUAUCGGUCGAUCUAAGAACACCACGCAACUGGCACGUGCAGAAUGUACCAGCACUAUCAACAACGAUACCGUGUAUAGUGACAUCAUCAAUGGAACCACACUAAGAGAUGGAUGCCCUUGCAACUUGGCACAGGCUUUCAGAGACUUUGCUUUUAGAUCCAUUGAUAUGUAUGAGUUGACUUUGGACCCAGUGUAUAAUAACCAGUUCUGUUUUACUCCAAGCUUCAGUCAGACUGACACCAUUCUCUGCUGCUAUAGACGAAGGAGUGGCUCUCUCAACAAUGCUCGUGGUAUCAGUGGAGUGGUGGCCUACAGUCCUAGCUUCUUCCCAAACCAGUUUCUUGAAACUGAUUACAAGCUGCGAGAUGUAUGCAGCAUAGGGGGAGAAGCAGACACACUGUACAGGACUAGAAGACCUCCAGUUACUUGUACCACUUAUCAACCACCAAGAAGAACCUUCUGUACGGGUGAUCCUCAUCUUACCAACCUUGAUGGAGCUAAGUUCACAUUCAACGGUUGGGGGGAGUAUAUUCUACUGGAGUUGGUGACUGAUGACACCACUUUCUGGAUCCAAGCUCGUAUGCAACCACUCCCAGAGUCUACUACUAAAGCUACUGAACUAGGUGGUUUCGCUUUCGCUAUGAGCAGGGACACUCCCGUUGAAAUUCGCUUGAAUGCAUCUAGACAGCUAGAGAUUCUAAUCAGUGGAGAAGAUGUGACGGACCAGCUGGUCAGCCUCAACGCUUCUAUAUCCACUGAUUUCUACACUGUGUCUCGAAGCAGUUCCAAUUCCAUUCUGGCCACGUUCCCAAAUGGAAUGGGAUUAAUGGUGAAUCUAACAAGUAUGCUGACCUUCACAGUCAUCAUCCCUGAUAAAUACAGAGGACUAACUAGAGGAAUGGUUGGGAACUACAAUGGUAAUCAAACUGAUGAUGUCGUAUUCCGGAACGGAACUUUGGUACCUCUCUCUGAGUUCUCCUUCAGGCUACUACACCAAGUGGGACUGUCAUGGCAACUGAAUGCUUCGGAGUCUCUCUUCACUUACCCUGAGGGCAGGACUGCUGCAGACUAUGCUGUGCUUGACCACGAUCCACCCUACCUGGAUGAAGUGGUAGCUGCUGCUUCGCCUGAUAUUCUGUUGGUGUGCGGGGAUAAUGUAGAGUGCAUUUUUGACUCUAUUGAAACUGGGAAUACUGACAUCGGCCUCGAAACAAUGAACAUGAUUUCUACAAUCGAUGAAGAUGAAAAACUUACAUCUAACUUCCCUCCUCUCAUCUAUGGUCCUGACAGCCUCUAUGUUACGCUGGGGGAAGAGGCUGUACUUGUGUUCAAUGUGACUGAUGACAAGGGUAGUAUCAACCUGAUAUUGGUGGAUGGACUGCCAGCUGGGGCCACUCUACUGCCUACCCCUAAAGGCGACUAUACCAUAGAGUACACCUUCCGGUUGGAACUUGAUGAAAUUACCGAUAUUUCUCUAGUGUUUUUGGCCACUGAUGAUCUGGAUGCUGGGUCAACUCUGGAAGUGCAGAUUAUGAUCUGUGCUUGUGAGAAUAAUGGCAACUGCACACUGGAGGGAGUGGUGGACCAAAGCACCAGUACUGUCGUCUCCAAUUGUGUAUGCUCUCAAGGUUGGGAAGGUGACUUCUGUGAGGCUGACGUCGAUGGCUGUGCCAACUUUGACUGUUUCAUGGGUGUGGAUUGUGUGGACGUCCCUGCUCCAGGAGUGGGGGCAGUGUGUGGUCCAUGCCCUGAGGGAUAUCGUGGAGAUGGGUCAAAGUGCGCCGAUAUCAACGAGUGUAACGGUACCAUGCAUGGUUGUGCUCAACUGUGCGUCAACCAACCAGGAAGCUUUGAGUGUGCCUGUUACCCUGGUUACGAGCUUUACAAUGAUACACAAUGUAGAGACAUUGACGAGUGCUCUUUGCUCAAUGGUGGUUGUCAUCACGACUGUACCAACACGAUGGGAGGGUUCGUUUGCAGUUGUGACGAAGGUUACACCAUCAGCACCAACAAUAGAACCUGCAAUGUUGACCCGGUAGCGAUGUGUGUUGACAGAAACUGUGCCCAGUCAUGUGUGAGAUUAUUGGGAGUGGAAACAUGCGGCUGUUUCCCUGGUUACGAGCUGGCAUCCAAUGAGAUGGAUUGCUCAAAUAUCAAUGAGUGUGAGGAGUCUCCGUGUGAGCAUAUCUGCACUGACUUGGAAGGACUGAGAGGAUACAGGUGUUCCUGUCAAGAGGGAUACCAGCUACUGCCUGGGGGGAGUUGCAUCGAUAUCAAUGAGUGUUUGGUGGCAGCUCUGGACAUAUUUGCCGCUGACCUUUGUGAACCCUCCAUGUUCUGUGUGAAUAGUGUGGGUAACUACAGCUGUGAGUGUCCGGCUGGUACACUACUAGUGGAGGGAGUGUGUCAAGCUGACCUCACCAUUGCACCACCAAUGACUGUACCCGAGGAAGUGACAGAGGGCUUGCUCACCACUGCACCACCAGUGACUGUACCUGAGGAAGCGACUGGUAAUGUCAUCGUCGUGGAGAUCAACGGAUUCAACCUUUACACGUUCACUGUUGAGGUACAGAUGCGAUUCAGUGCAGCCACAGCUGAUGCUAUCAAUGUCUACUGUGAGGACAAUGACUGUCUAGUGUCGUACCCUGAGGCAAGAACAAGGAGGAACACACUCACGGCUGACAACCUCUACAUUGCUGAGAUUGCUAGUACUGGAGAGUCUAGUAUCAGCUUUAACAUGUACGCCCGUUUGGAGGGUGGCUUCCUCAGUGGCAGUGCCUUGGCAACGGCUGUACUAGAUAAUCGUGAUGAGUACACAGCUCUUGGUUUUGAAGUGACUAAUGUGCAGACUGAACCAAUCUCUUCUAUAAUUCUGACAACCAAUCAGAUCAUCGGUAUUGGAGUGGGGGGUGGUCUGGGACUGAUCCUGAUACUGGCUCUACUUAUUACCAUCACAUGCUGUUGUGUCAAGCGUCGAUCAAAAGAACCCAAGAGUAAGGGUGGUGAUCUAGAGUUCACCAACACUGGCACUGGUUUUGACCUGAAGACUGUACCCCACGAUGGACUGGAAGAGAUAGCCAAACUAUAGUCAGCGGAGGAGAAGAAAGUGGAUCUCCAUAAUUAUUAACAUAAUUAUAGGCAGACAUUAAGAAAUACUGUCAUUUUAUAUUUAGUAUAAUUAUUAUUAAUAUAAAUCUACUGAUAUAAUUAUGUGAUUUUCUGUGCACCUG